AUGUCAGAAGAAGACGAUAAGAGAGCUAAACAACUGGAAGAGGCCAGAAAGAGAGUUGAAGAGUUGAAGAAUAAAAAGAAGAAUAAGAACAAGAACAAGAAGAACAAAAAUAAGAAUAAGAAUGCAGAAAAAAUUGAAGAAGCAUCCGAUGUUACUUUAGAAAAAGUGGGUACGGAUAAUGCCAGUGAAGAGACUCCAGAAAUAUCAACUAACGACAAGAACUCUGAUUCAGAAUUAGUGGAACAGGAUACAGCUAUUGAAGAAAAUAAGGAAGCUGAAUCCGCAGAUGUUGAGGAGACCCCUGAGAUGAAUGAAGUACUUAGCCAACAAACUGGACCUGAAGAAGCGGAAACAAAAAGUGAAGAAGCUUCAAUUGAGAUGUCAAUAGCGGAGCCAAAAGAAAUAGAGUCUGUCACUGAAACUGAUGAAGAAACGAAGGAUGAACCAACCACUGAGGAACCUGUCUCAGAAGAAGUAUCGGAGCCAAAGGAACCAAUAGUAGAGGAGCCAGUAGUGGAAGGGACCACUAUAGUCAAUGAAUCUGACAAAACUAAUGCUAAUAAAUUAUUCGAUACCAAUGAAGCAGACGAUGAUGAUGAUUUUAUGAGCUCAAUUCAAAAGGAGAAGGAUAAUAUUGAGAUUGAUAACUUGAAUGCACAAAUCAAAAAGAUGGCUGAAGAGAUCAAGAAACUCAAAUUUAUGAAUAUGGAACAAGAAACUACAAUUGAAGAACAAGAAGCAGAAUUAGAACAAAAUAAAAUUAGUUUACAAUCUGUUACUACUGAGUUAGAAAAUUCCAACAAGGAAGUUACAAAUCUUAAAAUUAAAUUAAAUGAAGCUGAAAGAAGGAUCAAUUCUCAAACAUCUGUGCCGGCUAUGCAAUUUGCUCAAUUCAAUUCUCCACAACCAGCACAAUUACCAAAUAUGGGUAACAACGAUUACAUUAAUGAUCAACAACAAAUUCAAGCCCCUGUAAUAGAUCGUGUGAUGUUAGACAAAUGGCAUAACUGGAAUAUUGAUAUGACUUCAUGGAGGAGUAUUGGUUCUGGUCCAAUUGUUGAGUUUUAA